AAUAAAUAAUAAUUCUAAUGCUUCCACAAAAUAACACUCUUAUUGACAAUUCAGGUCAAGUUCAAAUGAUUAAUCAAGAAUACUCAAAUAAUUUAGUUGGGCUUGGUGGACAAGCUUAUGCUCAUUACCCUCAAGACCCCUCUGGUAAUUUUGGAAUGGACUGAAUGAUUCCAGCAAUCUGGGAUCCAACUUUAAACUGUGAUCAGAGCUGCAUGGUUCCUCCUGUAAACUCAGUUUGCAGUCAACUCUAUGCUAUAAAUGAGAGCGAAUUGAACAAUUCGAACUUACACCAAGAUAUGACUUUGAUUCAUCAACAAUCUUUAUGUUUUGGUGACAUGCAGACAAAGCUAGCAAUUUCCUCGAUGGACUUAUCAGGGUUCUGCCUGUGAGAUUUAUAUAGCCAUGGCUACCCUAGUGGGCUGAAUUCUUCUUGUACUACUCCUUCAGGAGACAAAAAGUCACCAGGCCCAAAGAAAACUAGGUGAAUCCCAAAGACUGAAAGUGAUAGCACCACUCUCAAAGGAUACAGGUUUAAGUUCAUUCAUGAAAUUGUCAACGGGCGUAAGAGAAAGAUGAUCCAGUGUCAGUACGAUGGUUGCUCUAAAGAGUUCACCAAGACCUGGAGCUUCCUGUAUCAUGCAAGAAUGCACGAAGGAGUAAAGCCCUUUGAGUGUAAUAUUUGCCAGCGCAAAUUUAGUCAGAAGAGCAACUUAACAAAGCACUCGAAGCAACAUUUAAUGGCGAAUAUGAGUCAAAGGAAGAGGUUCAGAUGAAGUCUAUGUCCUAAAGCAUACACUGAGAGAUACAACUUGAGGAAACACCUCAAGGUAAUCCAUGGAGUCAACACAAACAAAGACUUGUCAGUGAUCUACCACUAAUAAACUUAUUCAGAGAGGCGAAGAAAAGGGGAAGUUUAUCUUCUUACAAACAAGAGACUAUUCCUAAUUAUAUCUAUCGUAUUAAUAAAGAAUCAGCUGUCCCUUAAACUUGAUAGAGACAUAUUUUUA